AAGACCACAGGAACGAAACGAGCCUGAAAGAUACAGCAACUCUCCUCUCACACCUCAAAUACUUGCUUCUAAGAAAAGGAAUUCAUACUACGAAAACUAGGAAGAAGCAAUGGGUUCUCCGGCUGCUGCAGAUAUCACUCUCUACACCAACCACCGGUGUCCAUGGGCUCAUCGAGCACACAUCGUUCUCGCCGAGUUGGGAAUUCCAUUCAAGGAAGAGAUUAUCGACUUGGAUGUCCCCAGAUCACCCGAGUAUUUGAAGGUGAACCCCCGAGGUCUGGUUCCAUCUCUGUCGUAUAAUGGGGAAAUUGUUACGGAGUCUGCAAUUGUAGCCCAGUUCCUGGCCGACACGUACCCGUCGCACUUGGUCCCUUCAACGGCUGAUGCAAAUGGCCCUCUUGUUCGAGCAAGAAUUGCAUUCUUUGUUGAUGCUUGGUUCUCCAAGAUCCAGCCUCACUACGGGAAGAUUGUUUUUUCGAAGUCUGAUAAAGAUGCCGAAGACUCGGCCAAAGACAUUGUCGCUGCAAUCUCAAAGGAGGUGGAGCCGUUGCUUGCUGAUGCUGCUCCGUUCUUUGGUGGCCACCAAAAGCUCACAUUGGCUGAGGUCUUGACUGGCCCGUUCGUCCUCCGCUUGUUCAGCUUCUCAAAGCGCGGACUCGCCCCAGCUAGUAUCACUGAACAGCUUCGAGAUACCGCACCUAAGUUUUACAAGUGGGCACAGGAAGUUAUUCAACAACCAGCUGUGGUCUCUAUCUACAACGAGGACAAGGUAGUGGAAGCUACUAAGAACAGAGUAUCAAAGCUGAGGGCUUAAUCAGGGUAACGACUCAGGCCAGAUCAGGAGAAUAGGAAUCGCAUGAGGCAAUGCUGGAUAGUCUUGGUAAUUUCUUGUGUGAUUUUACUGGUAUAGCAACGAUAAUGCUGG